UCUGUCCUCUGUUUCGGCACGCGUCUUUUUGAUGUAUUGACUGUUUGGCUGCCGACCGUGCCUCUUAACUUUUCAAAUCUUUGACCUUUGAUUCCUAAACGCCUGGCUCGUUGUGUGAGCUUGGUUAUCCUUGUCAACAGAGAUCCUUUCUCUGACUCAAAGUGAGCAUUUCUCGUCCGCUCAUCACCAAGAAAAGUCAUAUGCUUGGCGCCAUGGCCGAAGAAGCGGUCGCUCCUGUAGCUGUGCCUACGACCCAAGAACAACCAACCUCUCAACCCGCCGCUGCGCAGGUUACAACUGUCACUUCGCCCUCUGUGACUGCAACAGCGGCGGCUGCGACAGCUGCUGUGGCCAGUCCCCAAGCUAAUGGCAAUGCUGCCUCUCCUGUCGCCCCUGCGUCGUCAACAUCUCGUCCAGCGGAAGAACUCACUUGCAUGUGGCAAGGCUGCUCUGAGAAGCUCCCUACUCCAGAAUCCUUAUACGAACAUGUCUGCGAGCGUCACGUUGGCCGAAAGAGCACGAACAACCUCAACCUGACUUGUCAAUGGGGUAGCUGUCGUACUACUACUGUGAAACGCGACCAUAUCACCUCUCAUAUCCGGGUGCACGUUCCUCUCAAGCCGCACAAGUGUGAUUUCUGUGGAAAAGCGUUCAAGCGUCCCCAGGAUUUGAAGAAGCAUGUUAAGACGCACGCUGAUGACUCGGUCCUGGUACGGUCGCCAGAGCCUGGAUCUCGCAACCCAGAUAUGAUGUUCGGAGGAAACUUCAAGGGCUAUGCUGCUGCGCACUAUUUUGAGCCUGCUCUCAACCCUGUUCCCAGCCAAGGCUACGCUCAUGGUCCUCCCCAGUAUUACCAGGCCCAUCACGCUCCCCAGCCAUCGAACCCGUCUUACGGCAACGUCUACUACGCUCUGAAUACCGGCCCAGAGCCUCACCAAGCGUCGUAUGAAUCCAAGAAGCGGGGUUAUGAUGCGCUUAAUGAGUUCUUUGGUGACCUCAAGCGCCGACAAUUUGACCCUAAUUCCUACGCUGCCGUGGGCCAGCGCCUGCUCAGUUUGCAGAACUUGUCCCUGCCUGUUUUAACGGCUGCGCCUCUGCCCGAGUACCAGGCAAUGCCUGCUCCUGUGGCUGUUGCUAGUGGUCCAUAUGGUGGCGGCCCUCACCCUGCGCCGGCAUAUCAUCUUCCACCAAUGAGCAACGUCCGAACCAAGAACGACUUGAUCAACAUCGACCAGUUCCUGCAGCAAAUGCAGGACACAAUAUAUGAGAACGAUGAUAAUGUCGCUGCGGCUGGUGUCGCUCAACCUGGAGCCCAUUACAUUCAUAACGGCAUAAGCUACCGCACUACACACUCGCCUCCGACACAACUUCCCUCGGCACAUGCCACAACCCAGACGACUGCUGGUCCUAUUAUCUCAAACACAUCUGCGCACUCCCCUUCGUCUAGCACUCCGGCUUUGACACCGCCCUCAAGUGCGCAGUCGUACACUUCAGGUCGCUCUCCCAUUUCACUUCCGUCUGCUCAUCGCGUUUCUCCGCCUCAUGAAAGCGGCUCCAGCAUGUACCCUCGUCUCCCUUCGGCGACUGACGGUAUGACUUCUGGUUACACUGCUGCGUCAAGUGCCGCCCCGCCUUCCACUCUCGGCGGGAUCUUUGACAAUGACGAGCGUCGUAGGUACACUGGAGGAACAUUGCAGCGAGCUCGGCCCGCGUCCCGUGCUGCCUCGGAGUCGAUGGACCUGUCCAGCGACGACAAGGAGUCUGGGGAGCGAACUCCCAAGCAGAUCUCCGCCAGUUUGAUCGACCCGGCUCUCCAUUCAGGAUCUCCGGGCGAGGAUGAUGUAACUCGGACUGCCAAGGCCGCAACCGAGGUGGCGGAGAGGUCGGACGUCCAGUCGGAGUGGGUUGAGAAGGUUCGGCUGAUUGAGUACCUACGUAACUACAUUGCCAACCGUCUUGAGCGGGGCGAGUUCAGCGACGAUUCGGAGCAGGAACAGGACCAGGAGCAGGAACAGGACCAGGAGCAGGAACAGGACCAGGAGCAGGGACAGGACCGUGUUUCUCGGUCGCCAGUGUCCAAGGCGGAUGUUGACAUGGAGGGCGUAGAGAGAGAUUCUCUUCCCCGUUCACCGCGCACGGUUCCUAUCAAGACUGAUGGGGAAAGUGCCGAGGACAGUGUGAUGUAUCCCACUUUACGAGGCCUGGAUGAGGAUGGAGACUCCAAAAUGCCUAGCUGAAGUCGGAAUCGUUCAUGAUUGUCUAUAGCUUGUGUAUCUCGCUUACUGAGUUCCAUACGUGGUUGGCGUUAUAAGGCUUGUAAGGAUCCCACUGGAGUUGUGUUGUACCUAUUUUGUCUACCUCUUUGUGUUUUCCAUUUGUCAUGUAUCUAUCAUCAUAUCCUCUCCACUGGCGCGGCCUGUUCUCUCGGC